AUGAUGGGCGUCUGGCACAUGGCAGCCCUGGCUGGCUUGGCCACUGCUGUUCCUCGGAAUAUCAUGAUGCCCACAUCGCUCGAUAUCCAGAAGGACUACUCGAUCCGCAAUGUGGCCGCCACCAUCGCCAGAGACGCCAUGACGUACUACAAGGGCAACACGUCGUCAGCCACGUCGGUGGCGGUCGGGGACCUGUCAGACCCGUACUACUGGUGGGUGGCCGGCGCGCUCUGGGGCGGCAUGCUGGACUACUACCACUACACCGAGGACGCGAGCUACAACGACGAGGUCCUGCAGGCGCUGACGUCUCCGCACAACCUGGGGCCCAACUUCGACUACGUACCGCCCGAGCACGCCUCCGAGGAGGGCAACGACGACCUCUACUUCUGGGGGUCGGCGGCGCUGGCGGCGGCGGAGCGCAACUUCCCGCAGCCGGACGAGUCGAUCCCGUCCUGGCUCGACAUCGGCGCCAACGUCUUCGAAUCGCUGCGCAGCCGGUGGAACACGACGGCCUGCCGCGGCGGCGGCCUGGCCUGGCAGAUCUACCCGGACAACCCCAACGGCAUGGACUACCGCAACUCCAUCACCAACGGGGGCUUCUUCCAGAUCGCCUCGCGCCUGGCCCGCGCCACCUCCAACGCCACCUACGCCGACUGGGCCGCCAAGGUCUGGGACUGGUCGUGGGACGUCGGCUUCAUCGACCACGACUCGUGGCACGUCUGGGACGGCGCCGGCGCCGACCAGGACUGCUCGCAGCUCAGCCGCUCGUCCUACACCUACACCAGCGGCGUCUACCUGUACGGCGCCGCCGUCAUGGCCAACCACACCGCCGGCGACGCCGGGGCCACCGACGACCGCGGCAGCAACGUCUGGGCCGUCCGCGCCGCCCGCCUCCUCGACGGCGCGGAGUGGUUCUUCGGCCCCUAUCCCAACGCCACCGACAUCAUGUACGAGGGCGCCUGCGAGCCGGACAACUCGUGCAACGCCGACAUGGAGACGCACAAGGCCUACCUCGCCCGCAACAUGUGGCAGGCCUCCGUCAUGCUGCCCGACCUCAAGCCCAAGGUCCACAGGCUACUCGGCACCUCGGCAAAGGCCGCCGCCGCCACCUGCACGGGGGGCGACUCGGGCACCGCCUGCGGCAUGAAGUGGUACACGGGCGCCUACGACGGCCACGUCGGCCUGGGUCCUCAGAUGACCGCCCUCGAGACCAUCCAGGGUCUCCUGGCUGACAAGGCCGAGCCGCCUCUGCGGGGUGAUGACAUCCACACUGUCCGUCACGUCAACUGGGCUGCUGUCGACCCGUACAGGACGGGUAACUAG